AUGGAGGAGCUGAAGAUGACGGCUUCUAGUGCAUCGUACGACCAGCUGGUGAGACAGGUGGAGGCCCUGAAGACGGAGAACACCCAUCUCCGCCGGGAGCUGGCGGACAAUUCCAACCAUCUCUCCAAGCUAGCAAAUGAGACGUCGGAUAUGAAGGAAGUCCUGAAGCACCUCCAGGGCAAACUAGAACAGGAAGCCAAGAUGAUGGUGUCCUCGGGGCAGAUGGAGGUUCUAGACCAGUUGAAAGCCCUGCAGAUGGACAUCACCAGCUUGUACAACCUUAAGUUCCACCUGCCGGCGCUGGUCCCCGAGCCCGUCGGCCAAGGCCAGAGCCCUGAGCAGAGCCCGGCUCAUUCGGCCUCGCUCCAGAGGCAAGACAGCAUGGGGGAUCUGAGCCGGGCCACGAUCCGGCUCCUGGAAGAACUCGACAGAGAGAGGUGUUUUCUUUUGAGUGAGAUUGAAAAUGAGGAAAAAGAUCAGUUGUGGUAUUACACUCAGCUCCAAAGUCUCUCCCAGCGGCUGCAUGAGCUCCCUCACGUAGAGACGUUCUCAAUGCAAAUGGACCUGAUCCGCCAGCAAUUGGAAUUUGAAGCCCAGCACAUCCGCACACUCAUGGAGGAGCGAUUUGGGACAACCGAUGAAAUGGUGCAAAGAGCACAGAUUCGAGCAUCUCGGCUGGAACAGAUCGACAAAGAAGUAAUUGAAGCCCAAGAGAAGGUGCAGCAGUCAGAGCCACAGCUCUGUGGGAAAUUGCCCAGCAUGGAGGGGGACGCCAACCUUGAGGUCCCAACGCACCCCGAAGAAGGGGUCAGUCACCCAGGCAACAGCAAGGUGGAGAUGGUCUUCUGGCUCCUUUCCAUGCUGGCCACGCGGGACAAAGAGGACAUGUCCCGCACCUUGCUGGCCAUGUCCAGCUCCCAAGAAAGCUGCCUGGCUAUGCGGAAGUCGGGAUGCCUCCCUCUCCUCAUCCAGAUCCUCCACGACACGGACCGGGAGCCGGGCCCCCCGGACAGCCCUGGAGGGGGUGGGAAGGACUGCCGCAUGCGUGCAAAUGCCGCCCUGCACAACAUCAUAUUCUCCCAGCCGGAUGAAGGGCAGGCCAAGAAGGAGAUGAGGGUGCUUCACGUUUUGGAACAGAUCCGCUCCUACUCGGAGACCUGCUGGGACUGGCUCAAGGGGCAGGACAAGGAAGGAGGGAAGACCCCCGAUGGGGGAGCAGGCCCCGUCCCCAUCGAGCCGCAGAUCUGCCAAGCGACGUGUGCUGUCAUGAAGCUCUCGUUUGACGAGGAGUAUCGCCGGGCCAUGAAUGAGCUGGGUGGGCUCCAGGCUGUUGCUGAGCUUCUCCAGGUGGACUACGAAAUGCACCGAAUGACCAGCGACCCCCUCAACCUGGCCCUGAGGCGUUACACUGGCAUGGCAUUGACCAACCUCACCUUCGGGGACGUGGUCAACAAGGCGACGUUGUGCUCCCGUCAGAGAUGCAUGCAUGCCAUCGUGGCGCAACUGGCAUCUGAGAGCGAAGAGCUCCACCAGGUCGUCUCCAGCAUCCUGCGUAAUCUCUCGUGGCGAGCCGACAUGAACAGCAAGAAGGUCUUGAGAGAAGUGGGCAGCGUCACAGCCUUGAUGCACUGUGCCUUGCGGGCCACCAAGGAAUCCACCUUAAAGAGCAUCCUCAGCGCCUUGUGGAACCUGUCAGCUCACAGCACGGAGAACAAAGCCGCCAUCUGCGUGGUGGAGGGCGCCCUCGGCUUCCUGGUGAGCACACUCACCUACAAGUGCCAGAGCAACUCGCUAGCCAUCAUUGAGAGCGGAGGCGGGAUCCUGAGGAACGUUUCUAGCCUUGUCGCCACCAGGGAGGAUUACCGACAAGUCCUGCGGGAUCACAACUGCCUGCAGACUCUCCUCCAGCACCUCAAAUCGCACAGCUUGACCAUCGUCAGCAACGCUUGCGGCACCCUCUGGAACCUUUCUGCCCGCAGCCCCAAAGACCAGGAGCUGCUGUGGGAUCUAGGGGCGGUCAGCAUGCUGCGGAACCUUGUCCACUCCAAGCACAAGAUGAUCGCCAUGGGCAGCGCAGCUGCCCUGAGGAACCUUCUGGCCAACCGGCCCCUCAAGUACAAAGACGCCAUGGUGAUCUCGCCAGGGUCGUGCAUGCCUUCGCUGUACAUGAGGAAGCAGAAGGCGCUGGAAGCUGAGCUGGAUGCCAAGCACUUAGCUGAAGCCUUUGACAGCAUGGAGAAGCAGACGUUGAAGAACCAAAAUGCCAAGAAGCCGAUGAGGCACAUGGACAGUCUGGUUAAGGACUAUGCUUCCGACUCCGGUUGUUUUGAUGACGACGAGGUGCCCAAUGUCUCCAACGGCACAGAGACCGGGAAUGCGUCAGUCCUCUCCAUGUUCCUCAACUCUUCCUUCCUCCAAGGGCAGGCUGUGCCAAGAGCCGCCGCCCAAAGGGGGUGCCUGGAACCAGUAAAAGACGAGACCGGGAACCCAGCAGAAGCCAAGACAGCCCCUCCGCUACUCCUACCCCCGGAUGAUGAAGUCUCCGAGGCAGUUGAGAAGUUGGCCAACAAGAUCACCACCACCGUCGCCAAGAUUGACAAGCUGGUGGAAGAUAUAUCUGUCCUCCACACUUCCUCUGACGACAGUUUCAGCCUUAGCUCGGAGGACCACUGCCUCGACUGGCAGUAUGGCUCGGAUGAGGUCCAUGAGGCCCGCGCUCAGUCUUGCUCCCCUUGCCGGCUGUCAGACACCGGCGGCUUCAUCAAGCGGGAAGGCCUGUGCCGGGCUCACACCCUCUUGAGGCUGAAGACAGCCUACACCAGCUUGUCCAAUGAUAGCCUCAACAGCGGGAGUACCAGCGAUGGGUACUGCACAAAGGAACACAUGAAACCGUGUACCGGGACUACCUUCUUGGAUUUCAAGGACGAGUUGCACCGGUAUCAGAAGCGUCCCAGCCGCCUCGACUUGAAGAACAUCUUGAUCAAUAGGCCAGAAAAGAUGGAACUGGCGGGGAAGAAGCGUCAAGCACCCAGCGAGCCAGCGGAGAAACUGGAACCCCUUGAGAAGCCUCCCAAAGCAACUGUUUUCCCCAACACUGAUGUUGCCAGGAAGGAAUCUGAACCCAAGAAGAAAGGUGUAAGCAACAAGCUGGAUCCAGAUCCAAAGGUCCACACCAUUAAGCUCUCUCCGUCUUACCAGCAUGUCCCUCUCAUGCAGAAUGUGGAGAAUGGUAAUCCAACACCGGAGAGCGUAGGGGUGCUGGGAGCCAGUACUUUCUACCCAAGUUUGUCCCUGAAGUCAGCAGAAAACCUUAACAAGAUUCCGGAGAAGCUGCCUGUCCAGGCUCCUGCCAUGGCACCGCUGGGGCAAGAGCAGCUGCACAAAUACUCCAUAGAGGAUACCCCAAUAUGCUUUUCUCGUUGCAGUUCCCUUUCUUCCCUUUCCUCAGCUGACAAUGUGCUAGAUGGACAGAGCCACAGCGAGAUGGACAGUGACUCCUCACUGGAGAUCAUCGAGGUGGAAGAGGUUGCUAAGAUGGAAGACCUCCGCAAGGAAGAAGAAGAAGGAAAGACCAAAGGGGAAGUUGAACCCUUCCUUGCCACCUCGCAGCCCAUUGCUAUCCCCUUCCCCAAGAAGGAGAAGAAAUUCCUUCGGGGCGCUUCGCCCUCCCGGCACGAAGACUUGACUCCGUCCAGUUCCUCGGAGAAUUAUAUCCAGGAGACCCCCCUGGUAAUGAGCCGCUGCAGUUCAGUUAGUUCUCUGGGAAGUUUCGAGAGUCCGUCCAUUGCCAGCUCUAUCCAGAGCGAGCCGUGCAGUGAGAUGAUCAGUGGGACCGUCAGUCCGAGCGAGUUGCCAGAUAGUCCCGGACAGACCAUGCCUCCCAGCCGCAGCAAAACGCCUCUCUUUGAGUUGAGCAGUCAGCCUGAUAAGGAGGCGAGCCAGUUCAACAUACAGUGGGAGAAUAACGUCAAGAAAUUCAUGGAGAUCACGGAUUUCAAAGAGCGGUUCCAGAUGUCCCAAGACCUCGACUCCAUGGUCUACUUCACUGUGGAGAAACCCAACGAGAACUUCUCCUGCGCCUCCAGUCUGAGUGCGCUGCCCCUUCAUGAGCAUUAUGUCCAGAAGGAUGUUGAGCUGAAGCUCAUGCCACCAUUCCCUGAAAGGAAUGGCUUGAACUUUGUGGCACACGAAAAGCGAGAUGAGGAGAGGGCCAGGGAGGGCCAGAGGAAGCCGGAGAGGCUUGAACUGACAUCCGAUGAAGACAUCGAGAUCCUGAAGGAGUGCAUCAACUCGGCCAUGCCGACACACUUCCGGAAAGUCCGGACAUCCCUUGUCUCUGGCUUUCCGGGCCAGGUUUUCAACCCUCAGGCCAAGAAGCCAGUGCAUGUUCCAGUCUAUAUGCUGGUCCCUGCCAAUUCCCACUUGGGUAUCUCUAAGCACAGACGGGCUCCUGCCACUAGGCCCAACAAGGACUACAUUGGCGAUGAGGAUUCCUUCACGGACUCGGCAGAAGGCACCCCGGUCAACUUCUCCAGUGCAGCUUCCCUGAGUGAUGAGACCCUCCAGUACCCCAUGAAGGAGGAGAUGGACUCACGGCGUUGCUCUGGGAAAAAGAGAGAAAUGGCUGGGCCACGAGGAGCAGGGGUCAAGAUGGAGGUGGUGAAGGGUGAGCAGGGCAGCUUGCGCGCUGGAAAAAUAACCUCCAGCCACUCAACCCCAACCAGAAUGGUUUCUGCCUACAAGCACAAAACCGGAUCAAACCACACCAGCCCACUUCGCGCAGGCAGGGCCCAAUCCGCCGAGUCCAAGAGAGGACACGUCCCUCUCAAGAACCUGGAGCUGACCCUCAUGAGGCAAGACAGCCUGAGGGCCAGCUCCAAGGGCAGCCGUUCCAGGAAAGAGGGCCCUCGGGAGAACAGCGAUAGCGACAUGGUCUUCCAGUCACUGUGCCACACUACCCCAACGGAAGAGGCCGUCUAUUGCUUCUACGAGAACGAUUCAGGUGACUUGGCGGAGCGUGGGGUGAAGAAUUCGCCCAAGAGAGCCGCUGUCGCUGCUGUCAAAGGACAAAGGAAGGAAUGCUGGGCCAAGAAAGAGCCCGAGUUUACUUUUAGACAGCAGCCGCAGGCUAAAACAAAGAUGGCAGCCAAACGCCGCAGCAACCUCAUUGCAGACGAGACCCCGCCGUGUUAUUCCCUCAGCUCCUCCCUGAGUUCCUUGAGCGACGUGGAACUUUACAACACAGAAGGGAGGGCCCAACUGUCCGGCAGCCGGGCCAACCGCCAGCUGACGUUGAGCCGUCGGCCCGAGACAAGAACAGCCUUGUCCAAAUGGAGAGACAGCUCCGCCAGUUCCCUCAGUUGCAACUCGGAUGACAACCUGCUGCCCAAGGGCAUCGGUUUGGCCGUGCCCAAGAGGAGGUGCCACUCGACCAAGAGGAGGCAUGGUGAGAAGGAGCGGAAGGCACUCAAGAGCAAGGAGCGGAAGCCUGAGGCCCUGCUGGAUGAAGUAGCCUCCGAAAGAGGUUCAGACCUGGACAGCAUUGAGUGGAAGGCCAUCCAGGAGGGUGCAAACUCUAUUGUCACUUGGCUGCACCAAGCAGCCUCUUCCUUUGCCAGGGAUCCUUCCUCAGAAUCCGACUCCAUUCUCUCCUUUAUGUCUGGCUUCUCUUCAAGCUCCACUUUGCAGCUGCCUGUGGACAGGAAGGAGAAGACGACAGGCAGGAACGUCCCUGGUAGUCACACAGGGAAGAAAGAACAGCGAAAGGCUUUCCAAGAUGGCAAAAAGCUGGUGGAAGUUGGAAGUGCCAGCAGCCGGAACAGCAGGGUGGAGAAAAACCUAGGCCAACAGAAACCGUCGAGUAACUUGCCGGUGGUCUUCCGGGGCAGGACCGUGAUCUACAUGCCCAGUGUGACCAAGGACUCGCAGACGCAGAGCCCCAGAUCCACCCCAAGGAAAACAGGACCCACAACCAAGCAGGAAGCCCCCACGAAGAACCUCAACCUGAACCAACAGAGAUCUCGGAGUCUCCAUCGGCCAGGGAAGAUCUCAGAAAUGGUUGACCUCACCUUGCCCAAGAGAAGCGCGACCCCGCCCGCCCGGAUUACAAAAGCUCCUUCCUCUGGGUCAUCUCGGACAUCCACACCGUCUCAGCCCAACCAGAAGAAGCUGACAUCACCAUCACAGCCACUCAACAGACAGAUGCCACCUUGCAAAGGCGGGAAGGCAGGUGGGAACUCCACACCUCCUGGCCCCAACCCCAAAUUGGUCCAGAAAUCACCUGUGUCCAAGCAGCACAAGACCCAGAAAUCACCUGUCCGGAUCCCUUUCAUGCAGAAGCCUGUGAAGAAGACUCUGCCGGCGAGGAGCUCCAUGCCUGUGUUGGAGGAGCAGGUGGGAAGAGGGGGCAGUGGGGGCAGCGACCCAAGGCCCAAAGCCAAUGGGAAGGGGGUCCUUCAGACCAGCCGCCUCAACUUGGUGCGUGUGUCCUCGACGAGAUCCAUCGGCAGCGAGUCAGACCGCUCUGGCUUCCUGAGGCAGCUGACGUUCAUCAAGGAGUCAUCCAGCCUCCUCACGAGACACCGUGUGGAGCGUUCUCCAGAGCUCCUCUCGUCACUCUCUCAAGGUGCCUCACCUCGGAGAGGCAGGCUUGGCCUGCCGCCGGUCUUCCUCUGCUCUUCCCGGUGUGACGAACUCAAGGUGGACAAGCCGGCCAGGCCAAACCAGCGGCCCAUCAUCUCCCAGAUGCCUCUACCAAGCCACAGAGUCUCUGUGGGCACGAGGCUUCCAAGGCGAACCAGUUCAGAAAGCCCUUCCAGGCUUCCCGUCAAAACGAGCAACGUGACCCCAGAGCCUUUCAAGCGUUACUCUUCAUCGCCUCAGAUCAAUGUAAUCAAGAGGGCGGCCAGCCCAGCCACUUCCCCUCCCUGCUGCCCUGAGUCAUUAGGCGGAAAAAAGAAAAGCAAGGAGGCUCCAAAGCUACCCGUGGUUCCCCCUCUGGGGACUCUGGAUAAACGGUCUGAAGAUCAGCAGCAAGCGAUGGUGAGGGGGACUUGGAAGAGGAUCUGUGAUGAAGAUAUCCCCCAUAUUCUGAAGAUGACCCUUCCUUCUACUGCUCUGCCGCUGGUGAGCACCUUGGAGGAAGAAGAGAUCCAUCAGGCCCAGGGAGACCUCCAAAGGAAGACCAGCGAUGCCGUCGUUCAAACGGAAGACUUCUCCAUGGCCAAGACCAACUCUAGUACCUCUCCGACGCUAGAGAAGCAGCCGGUGCUGAAGUUCUCACCGGAAGGCUGCGAGGGAGACUCCUCAGCUCCAGGGAAGGCCCAAAUGGUGCCCAUCUCCUUUACCCACGAAGGGCCAAUCAGCUCUCUUGGGAACUUCCCCCCAAGCAGACACAACUCCCCGAGCCGGGCAGCUCGGGUGACUCCUUUCAACUACACCCCAAGCCCCAUGGUGGAAGCGACAGUCAACGACAAACAGAUUCAGAAAAUGCAGGUCUGAUGAAUCCCUGGAGGCUGUUCUCUCUAGAUCCUGGGAUGUCUUCAAGCUGUUGCACCUUUGUAU